CCCAGCCUCCCGCCCCUCACCCCCAACCCUCCAAGGGGCCGCCAACCAAACCACCUCACAAGCUGCGGACAGCGGCCCCGACCUGAGAGGGAGAGAGCGACCGACAUGGCGGCGGCCAAGCCCGAGAACCUCUCCCUGGUGGUGCACGGACCCGGAGACUUGCGCUUGGAAAACUAUCCUAUCCCUGAACCAGGCCCAAACGAGGUGCUUCUGAAGAUGCAUUCUGUUGGAAUUUGUGGCUCAGAUGUCCAUUACUGGCAGCAUGGUCGAAUUGGAGAUUUUGUUGUGAAAAAGCCAAUGGUGCUGGGGCAUGAAGCUUCAGGAACAGUUGUAAAAGUGGGAUCAUUGGUCAGGCACCUACAACCAGGUGAUCGUGUUGCCAUCGAGCCUGGUGCUCCUCGAGAAACCGAUGAGUUCUGCAAGAUUGGCCGAUACAAUCUGUCACCUACCAUCUUCUUCUGCGCCACGCCCCCCGAUGAUGGGAACCUCUGCCGGUUCUACAAGCACAAUGCUAACUUCUGCUACAAGCUUCCUGACAAUGUCACCUUUGAGGAAGGGGCCCUGAUUGAGCCACUGUCUGUGGGGAUCCAUGCCUGCCGGCGAGCUGGAGUUACCCUGGGGAACAAGGUCCUUGUGUGUGGAGCUGGGCCAAUUGGACUGGUCAGUUUGCUUGCAGCCAAGGCAAUGGGCGCAGCUCAAGUAGUGGUGACUGAUCUGUCAGCCUCUCGGUUGUCUAAAGCCAAGGAAGUCGGGGCUGAUUUCAUCCUCCAGAUCUCCAAUGAGAGCCCUCAGGAAAUAGCCAAGAAAGUGGAAGGCCUGCUGGGCAGCAAGCCAGAAGUCACAAUUGAGUGCACAGGGGUGGAGACCUCCAUCCAGGCCGGCAUCUAUGCCACUCAUUCCGGUGGGACCCUGGUGCUGGUGGGGCUGGGCUCUGAGAUGACCAGUGUGCCCCUUGUGCACGCAGCCACCAGGGAGGUGGACAUCAAGGGCGUGUUUCGAUACUGCAAUACAUGGCCAAUGGCGAUUUCAAUGCUUGCAUCCAAGUCUGUGAAUGUAAAGCCCUUGGUCACCCAUCGGUUUCCUCUGGAGAAAGCUCUGGAGGCCUUUGAAACAUCCAAAAAGGGUUUGGGGUUGAAAGUCAUGAUUAAGUGUGACCCCAACGACCAGAAUCCAUGAUGUGAAUUGAGCUCUGUCGUUGUCCCCACUCUCAGCAUGUUGGGGUUCAGUGGUUGACUGGGAGUGGUGGAAGUUUCUUUUGAGUAGUUAGAAUAAUUAAAAUAAUUCAUUGUAAACAGAGAGCCUUAUGCUGGGGAGUUGUACCUUAAAAACACAAGUAAGGAGAAUUUGGGGGAACUUGUAGUCAGGAUGACCUGUUUAUGCUGAUCAAAGUUCAAGUAGAGCAGAGCUUGGCAGACAGGUGCUGGGAACUCCCUUUCUUCCUGGAGUGCCUGGAAGUUGAAUAAGGAAAGAAAUCUGCCCAUUGAAUUCCUGCUUCUAGUGUGACUGUGGCCAGAUGGGAGAUGGUAGCUCAGGUAAGAAGAGACCAUUUACAACUUUAUCAAGACUGAAGUGGCCCCGAAGCUGAUUUUCACAAAAAUCUGAGCUCCGGGUUGAGGGUGAAAGGGUGUAAACAGUUCUACUUCAGAGCACAGUGCCUCUCCCCCGACACGAGGGCUGUUUGCUUUUAUUACAAAAGGAAGAAUAAGGGAUUCACUUUCCUGGAUCUAGGAUAUAUACAAAUCAAACAAAUAAAAUCGCAGUCUCAUGUGAAAUCAAACCAGCUUGUAUUCCUUAAAUGUAGAAACAGACCAGGAACUUGGCAGCACUGCUCUUCAGAUCCUGAGAAUUCUGUGUGACUUAUUUUGCAAGAUGAAGAAUCACCUUCCCAACGUGCCCCACCUGCACCCUUUUGCACAUUUGGAGGCAGCCACUGCAGGCUCCUUUGUUACUAGGCAACCAGGAGGUGCCUACCAAAGGGUCCUCAUGGGAGACCUUAAAUUCCGUUCAGACUAGCCCAGGAGAGUUUGGGCAGUACACCUGUCUUACCCCACAGGACUAGCAUGCCCUUCUAGGCUCAAAGUUCACUAAUGAUUAUUAGACAGUUUGUUUAGUUCCAGUCUUUAUGAGCAGGAAACUUUUUCCCUCCUCAAAGCCAAUUAAAGGUCUUGGUACCUUUCCAUCUGUUUGAGUGAUAGCUCCAACCUUGUCUAUUUUAAUUAUGGGAUUUUCCUUGGUAAGAUUGGUGUCUGAAUCACACCAUGCCAUUUGUGACUUUGAGGUUACUGGUCACGAAUGAAGAUGCAGUAGCUGGGACAUGAUUUGGGCUGCAGUCCUACCCCUCAGUUCAGCUAGGGUUGGCGGGUGAGUUUGAAGAGGUUCUGGUUUUCUUGUGACCA